GCCAUGGAGGUAGCGAUGGUUAAGGACCUGCAACAGGACGCCAGCCUCGACAAGAGGCGGUACCUGGAGCUGUGCAGGCAGGGACGGGUCUUCAACGCCAGGAACAGGAUUAUUGGGGGAGACACACAAGCCUGGGAUGUCCAAGUUCAUGACCAGAAGAUAAAAGAAGCAACUGAAAAAGCUAGGCAUGAAACUUUUGCUGCUGAAAUGAAGCACAAUGACAAAGUCAUGUGCAUACUCCAUGACCGCGAACGGAGGGACAGGAAACAACUCUGUCGCGCUAUCAAUGACUUCCAGCAGAGCUUUCAGAAGCCAGAAACUCGCCGUGAGUUCGAUCUCUCGGACCCUCUGGCCCUCAAGAAAGAUCUCCCAGCCCGGGUGUCAGACAAUGACAUGAGGAACACCAUAUCAGGAAUGCAGAAGUUCAUGGGAGAGGAUUUAAACUUCCAUGAGAGGAAGAGAUUCCAACAGGAGCAGAACAGAGAAUGGUCCCUGCAACAGCACAGAGAAUGGGAGAGAGCGCGGGCUGACCACAAGCUUGCAGAGGACUUCCACAUGCAGACAAGACUAAAGUUCGAUGAAACAGCCAGACACUUGCAGAAGCUAGAAGGCUUGACCAGGAAGGAAGUCUGUGCAGCCAUGAAAGAGUUCAACAAGAACCAGGUUAUGGAGUUGGCAGAACGGAAGAGGCAUGAGAAGCAGAAAGAGCAAGAGGACAAUAUGACUGAGAUCACCAACCUGCUACAUGGGGACCUGCUCUCUGAGAACCCACAGCAGGCAGCCAGCUCCUUCGGGCCUCACCGUGUAGUCCCUGACCGCUGGAAGGGCAUGAGCAAGGAGCAGCUGGAGGAGAUUCGCUUCACUCAGAAGCAACAGAUCCAGGAGAAGCUGAGGCUUCAGGAGGAAGAAUGCCAGCGCAGCAUGGACUGGGACCGACGCAGGAUCCAGAAGGCUCGCACCAGCCUACUCCAUGAGCGUCAGCAGCAGCGCUUGCAGCGGGAACUGCGCAGGGCCCUGGACUGCAGCAACCUCAGCCUGGCCAAGAAGCAGCAUUUACAGAAAAAGCAAAUGGAUGAAGCCUCCGCAAGUCAACCCACAGAAGAUUAUUUCUCACAGUUUAAUACAAGAAGCCGCUAA